GCAGCGGGCUGAGGCUGGCAGGAUGUUGUUCCUGGGAAGCAUUGUUGGCUACCGGUAAGGAAGGCGAAGCACAGAGUUGCCUUCCCAAGCCCCCCGGUGCCCCCUAUGUACGCCUUCCUCGGCUCGGGUCCGGUCGCCGCGUUGCCUGCUUCGGUACCACCCUGUCCUCUCGGGUCCUGGAGCUCCGGCGGCGGCAGGGGCUGUGUCCGGCAGGAGGGGAAGCGCCGGGGCUGCGUCCGUUCUUCUGUCCGCGGGGCGAACGUCUGGCAGGAAGUACUUAAACAACUACAAGGAAGUAUUGAAGAUGAAGCUAUGGCUUCGUCUGGACAGAUUGAUUUAUUAGAGCGUCUCAAAGAACUUAACUUAGAUAGCAGUAAUUUUCCUGGAGUGAAACUACGGUCAAAAAUGUCCCUCCGUUCUUACGGAAGCCGAGAAGGAUCUGUAUCUAGUCGUUCAGGAGAGUGCAGUCCUGUUCCUAUGGGUUCAUUUCCGAGAAGAGGGUUUGUAAAUGGAAGCAGAGAAAAUACCGGUUAUUUAGAAGAACUUGAAAAAGAGAGAUCAUUGCUUCUUGCUGACCUUGACAAAGAAGAAAAGGAAAAAGACUGGUAUUAUGCUCAACUUCAGAAUCUCACUAAAAGAAUAGAUAGUCUUCCUUUAACUGAAAAUUUUUCCUUACAGACAGAUAUGACCAGAAGGCAAUUGGAAUAUGAAGCAAGGCAAAUCAGAGUUGCAAUGGAAGAACAACUGGGUACUUGCCAGGAUAUGGAAAAACGAGCACAGCGAAGAAUAACCAGAAUUCAACAAAUAGAGAAGGACAUACUUCGUAUACGACAGCUUUUACAGUCCCAAGCAACAGAAGCAGAGAGGUCAUCUCAGAGCAAGCAUGAAGCCGGCUCACAUGAAGCUGAGCGACAGAAUGAAAGUCAAGGAGUGGCAGAAAUCAACAUGGCAACUUCGGGUAGUGGUCAGGGUUCAACUGCACGAAUAGAUCACGAAACAGCCAGUGUUUUGAGUUCUAGCAGCACACAUUCUGCUCCUCGAAGGCUGACAAGUCAUCUGGGAACCAAGGUGGAAAUGGUGUAUUCAUUGUUGUCAAUGCUUGGUACUCAUGAUAAGGAUGAUAUGUCGCGAACUUUGCUAGCUAUGUCUAGCUCCCAAGACAGCUGUAUAUCCAUGCGACAGUCUGGAUGUCUUCCUCUCCUCAUCCAGCUUUUACAUGGCAAUGACAAAGACUCUGUGUUGUUGGGAAAUUCCCGGGGCAGUAAAGAGGCUCGGGCCAGGGCCAGUGCAGCACUCCACAACAUCAUUCACUCACAGCCUGAUGACAAGAGAGGCAGGCGUGAAAUCCGAGUCCUUCAUCUUUUGGAACAGAUACGAGCUUACUGUGAAACCUGUUGGGAGUGGCAGGAAGCGCAUGAACAAGGCAUGGACCAGGACAAAAAUCCAAUGCCAGCUCCUGUUGAACAUCAAAUCUGUCCUGCUGUGUGUGUUCUAAUGAAACUUUCGUUUGAUGAGGAGCAUAGACACGCGAUGAAUGAACUUGGUAGGAAGGCUACCCGGGGCAUUUCAUCACAGGAGCUAGGGCAGGGGCUUUCAGGGGGACUACAGGCCAUUGCAGAAUUAUUGCAAGUGGACUGUGAAAUGUAUGGACUUACUAAUGACCACUACAGUAUUACCUUAAGACGAUAUGCAGGAAUGGCUUUGACAAACUUGACUUUCGGAGAUGUAGCCAACAAGGCUACACUAUGCUCUAUGAAAGGCUGCAUGAGAGCACUUGUGGCCCAACUAAAAUCUGAAAGUGAGGACUUACAGCAGGUUAUUGCAAGUGUUUUGAGGAAUCUGUCUUGGAGAGCAGAUGUAAAUAGUAAAAAGACUUUGCGUGAAGUUGGAAGUGUGAAAGCAUUGAUGGAAUGUGCUUUGGAAGUGAAAAAGGAAUCAACCCUCAAAAGCGUAUUGAGUGCCUUAUGGAAUUUGUCAGCACACUGCACUGAGAAUAAAGCUGAUAUAUGUGCCGUAGAUGGUGCGCUUGCAUUUUUGGUUGGCACUCUCACUUACCGGAGCCAGACAAAUACUUUAGCUAUUAUUGAAAGUGGAGGUGGGAUAUUACGGAAUGUGUCCAGCUUGAUAGCUACGAAUGAGGACCACAGGCAAAUCCUAAGAGAGAAUAAUUGCUUACAAACCUUAUUACAACACUUGAAAUCUCACAGUUUGACAAUAGUCAGUAAUGCAUGCGGAACCUUGUGGAAUCUCUCAGCAAGAAAUCCUAAAGAUCAGGAAGCAUUAUGGGACAUGGGAGCAGUCAGCAUGCUCAAGAACCUCAUUCAUUCAAAGCACAAGAUGAUUGCUAUGGGAAGUGCUGCAGCUUUAAGGAAUCUCAUGGCAAAUAGACCUGCAAAGUAUAAGGAUGCCAAUAUCAUGUCUCCUGGUUCAAGCUUGCCUUCUCUUCAUGUCAGGAAACAAAAAGCCCUAGAAGCAGAAUUAGAUGCUCAGCAUUUAUCAGAAACUUUUGACAAUAUUGACAAUUUAAGUCCCAAGGCAUCUCAUCGUAGUAAGCAGAGACACAAGCAAAAUCUCUAUGGUGACUAUGUUUUUGACACCAAUCGACAUGAUGAUAAUAGGUCAGACAAUUUUAAUACUGGAAACAUGACUGUCUUGUCACCAUAUUUAAAUACUACAGUGUUACCCAGCUCCUCUUCAUCAAGGGGAAGUUUAGAUAGUUCUCGUUCUGAGAAAGAUAGAAGUUUGGAGAGAGAACGAGGUAUUAGCCUAGUCAACUACCACCCAGCAACAGAAAAUCCAGGAACCUCUUCGAAGCGAGGUUUGCAGAUUUCUACCACUGCAGCCCAGAUUGCCAAAGUCAUGGAAGAAGUGUCAGCCAUUCAUACCUCCCAGGAAGACAGAAGUUCUGGGUCUACCCCGGAACUACAUUGUGGGACAGAUGAGAGGAAUGCACUAAGAAGAAGCUCUACCGCCCACACACAUGCAAACUCUUACAACUUCACCAAGUCAGAAAACUCAAACAGGACAUGUCCAGUGCCAUAUGCCAAAGUAGAAUACAAGAGAUCUUCAAAUGAUAGUUUAAAUAGUGUCAGCAGUAGUGAUGGUUAUGGUAAAAGAGGUCAAAUGAAACCUUCAGUUGAAUCCUAUUCUGAAGAUGAGGAAAGUAAAUUUUGCAGCUAUGGUCAGUAUCCAGCUGACCUAGCCCAUAAAAUACAUAGUGCAAAUCAUAUGGAUGAUAAUGAUGGAGAACUAGAUACACCAAUAAAUUAUAGUCUUAAAUAUUCUGAUGAACAGUUGAACUCCGGAAGGCAAAGUCCUUCACAGAAUGAAAGGUGGGCAAGACCCAAACAUAUAAUAGAAGAUGAAAUAAAACAAAAUGAGGAAAGACAAUCAAGGAGUCAAAGCACAACUUAUCCUGUAUAUCCUGAGAGCACUGAUGAUAAACACCUCAAGUUCCAACCACAUUUUGGACAGCAAGAAUGUGUUUCCCCAUAUAGGUCAAGAGCAGCCAAUGGUUCAGAAACAAAUCGAGUAGGUUCUAAUCAUGGAAUUAAUCAAAAUGUAAAUCAGUCUUUGUGUCAGGAAGAUGACUAUGAAGAUGAUAAGCCAACCAACUAUAGUGAACGUUACUCUGAGGAAGAGCAACAUGAGGAGGAAGAGAGACCAACCAAUUAUAGCAUAAAAUAUAAUGAAGAGAAACAUCACGUGGAUCAGCCUAUUGAUUAUAGUUUAAAAUAUACCACAGACAUUCCUUCUUCACAGAAACCAGCAUUUUCAUUCUCAAAGAAUUCAUCUGGACAGAGCACUAAAACUGAACACAUCUCUUCAAGCAGUGAGAAUACAGCCACACCUUCAUCUAAUGCCAAGAGGCAGAAUCAGCUCCAUCACAGUUCAGCACAGAGCAGGAGUGGUCAGACCCAAAAAGCCACCUCUUCCUCUUGCAAAGUUCCCUCUAUCAACCAAGAAACAAUACAGACUUACUGUGUAGAAGAUACCCCAAUAUGUUUUUCAAGAUGUAGUUCAUUAUCAUCUUUGUCAUCAGCUGAAGAUGAAAUAGGGUGUGAUCAGACAACACAAGAAGCAGAUUCUGCUAAUACCCUACAAAUAGCAGAAAUAAAAGAAAGCAGUGGAACUAGGUCAACUGAAGAUUCUGUGAGUGAAGUUCCAACAGUGUCACAGCACAUUAGAACCAAAUCCAGCAGACUCCAGGCUUCUGGUUUAUCUUCAGAAUCAACCAGGCACAAAGCUGUUGAAUUUUCUUCAGGGGCCAAAUCUCCAUCAAAGAGUGGUGCUCAGACACCUAAAAGUCCACCAGAGCACUACGUUCAGGAGACUCCACUCAUGUUUAGCAGAUGUACUUCUGUCAGUUCACUUGACAGUUUUGAGAGUCGUUCAAUUGCCAGCUCCGUUCAGAGUGAACCCUGCAGUGGAAUGGUGAGUGGCAUUAUAAGCCCCAGUGACCUUCCAGAUAGCCCUGGACAAACCAUGCCACCAAGCAGAAGUAAAACCCCUCCUCCCCCUCCUCCUCAGUCAGCUCAGACUAAGCAAGAAGUACCUAAAAAUAAAGCCCCUAGUGCUGAGAAGAGAGAAAGUGGCCCUAAGCAAGCUGCUGUAAAUGCUGCAGUACAGAGGGUCCAGGUUCUUCCAGAUGCUGAUGCUUUGUUACAUUUUGCCACAGAAAGUACUCCUGAUGGAUUUUCUUGUUCAUCUAGCCUGAGUGCUCUGAGCCUCGACGAGCCAUUUAUUCAGAAAGAUGUGGAAUUAAGAAUAAUGCCUCCGGUUCAGGAAAAUGACAAUGGGAAUGAAACAGAAAAUGAGCAGCCUGAAGAAUCAAAUGAAAGCCAGGGAAAAGAGGCAGAAAAACCCACUGAUUCUGAAAAAGAUCUAUUAGAUGAUUCAGAUGAUGAUGAUAUUGAAAUACUAGAAGAGUGUAUUAUUUCUGCCAUGCCAACAAAAUCUUCACGCAAAGCCAAAAAGCCAGCCCAGACGUCUUCCAAAGUACCUCCACCUGUGGCAAGGAAACCAAGUCAACUGCCUGUGUACAAACUUCUGCCAUCACAAAACAGAUUACAAACACAAAAGCAUGUUAGUUUUACACCAGGAGAUGAUAUGCCUCGGGUGUAUUGUGUAGAAGGGACACCUAUAAACUUUUCCACAGCUACAUCUCUAAGUGAUCUAACGAUAGAAUCCCCUCCAAAUGAGUUAGCUGCUGGAGAAGGUGUUAGAGCAGGAACACAGUCAGGUGAAUUUGAAAAACGAGACACCAUUCCUACAGAAGGCAGAAGUACAGAUGAGGCUCAAACAGGGAAAGCCUCAUCUGUGACUAUACCUGAACUGGAUGACAAUAAAACAGAAGAAGGCGAUAUUCUUGCAGAAUGCAUUAAUUCUGCUAUGCCCAAAGGAAAAAGUCACAAGCCUUUCCGUGUGAAAAAGAUAAUGGACCAGGUCCAACAAGCAUCUAUGUCUUCAUCUGGAACUAACAAAAAUCAAUUAGAUGGUAAGAAGAAGAAACCUACUUCACCAGUAAAACCUAUACCACAAAAUACUGAAUACAGGACACGUGUAAGAAAAAAUACAGACUCAAAAAAUAAUUUAAAUGCUGAAAGAAAUUUCUCAGACAACAAAGAUUCAAAGAAACAGAACUUGAAAAAUAAUUCCAAGGACUUCAAUGAUAAGGUCCCAAAUAAUGAAGAUCGAGUCAGAGGAAGUUUUACUUUUGACUCACCUCAUCAUUACACACCUAUUGAAGGCACUCCAUACUGUUUUUCACGAAAUGAUUCUUUGAGUUCUCUAGAUUUUGAUGAUGAUGAUGUCGACCUUUCCAGGGAAAAGGCUGAAUUAAGAAAGGGGAAGGAAAGUAAGGAAUCAGAAGCUAAAGUUACCAACCACACAGAACUAACCUCAAACCAACAAUCAGCUAAUAAGACACAAGCUGUUCCAAAACAUCCAAUAAAUCGAGGUCAGCCUAAACCCGUGCUGCAGAAGCAAUCCACUUUUCCCCAGCCCUCCAAAGAUAUACCAGACAGAGGGGCAGCAACAGAUGAAAAAUUACAGAAUUUUGCUAUUGAAAAUACUCCGGUUUGCUUUUCCCGAAAUUCCUCUCUAAGUUCUCUUAGUGACAUUGAUCAAGAAAACAACAACAACAAGGAAAAUGAACCUAUCAAAGAGACAGAGCCCCCUGACUCACAGGGAGAACCAAGUAAACCUCAGGCGUCAGGUUAUGCUCCUAAAUCAUUUCACGUUGAAGAUACCCCUGUUUGUUUCUCAAGAAACAGUUCUCUCAGUUCUCUCAGUAUUGACUCUGAAGAUGACCUGUUGCAGGAAUGUAUAAGUUCUGCAAUGCCAAAAAAGAAAAAGCCUUCAAGACUCAAGGCUGAUAAUGAAAAGCAUAGUCCCAGAAAUAUGGGUGGCAUAUUAGCAGAAGAUUUGACACUCGAUUUGAAAGAUAUACAGAGACCAGAUUCAGAACAUGGUUUAUCCCCUGAUUCAGAAAAUUUCGAUUGGAAAGCUAUUCAGGAAGGUGCAAAUUCCAUAGUAAGUAGUUUACAUCAAGCUGCUGCCGCCGCAUGUUUAUCUAGACAAGCUUCGUCUGAUUCAGAUUCCAUCCUUUCCCUGAAAUCAGGAAUCUCUCUGGGAUCACCAUUUCAUCUUACACCUGAUCAAGAGGAAAAACCCUUUGCAAGUAAUAAAGGCCCACGAAUUCUAAAACCUGGGGAGAAAAGUACAUUGGAAGCUAAGAAGUUAGAAUCUGAAAAUAAAGGAAUAAAAGGAGGGAAAAAAGUUUAUAGAAGUUUGAUUACUGGAAAAAUUCGAUCUAAUUCAGAAGUUUCAAGCCAAAUGAAACAGCCCCUUCAAACAAACAUGCCUUCAAUCUCUCGAGGUAGGACAAUGAUUCAUAUUCCAGGAGUUCGGAAUAGCUCUUCAAGUACAAGUCCGGUUUCUAAAAAAGGCCCACCCCUUAAGACUCCAGCCUCCAAAAGCCCUAGUGAAGGUCAGACAGCUACCACUUCCCCCAGAGGAGCCAAGCCAUCAGUGAAGUCAGAAUUAAGCCCUGUUACGAGGCAGGCAUCCCAGACACCUGGGUCAAAUAAAGGGCCUUCUAGAUCAGGAUCUAGAGAUUCCACUCCUUCAAGACCUGCCCAGCAGCCAUUAAGUAGACCUAUGCAGUCUCCAGGGCGAAACUCAAUUUCUCCUGGUAGAAAUGGAAUAAGUCCUCCCAACAAAUUAUCUCAGCUGCCAAGGACGUCAUCCCCUAGUACUGCUUCAACUAAGUCCUCGGGUUCUGGGAAAAUGUCUUACACAUCUCCUGGCAGACAGAUGAGCCAACAGAACCUCACCAAACAAACAGGUUUAUCCAAGAAUGUCAGUAGUAUCCCAAGAAGUGAAUCUGCCUCCAAAGGACUAAGUCAAAUGAGUACUAGCAAUGGAUCCAAUAAAAAGGUAGAACUUUCUAGAAUGUCUUCAACUAAAUCAAGUGGAAGUGAAUCUGAUAGGUCAGAGAGACCUGUAUUAGUACGCCAGUCAACUUUCAUCAAAGAAGCUCCAAGCCCAACCCUAAGGAGAAAAUUGGAGGAAUCUGCUUCAUUUGAAUCUCUUUCUCCAUCUUCUAGACCAGAUUCUCCCAGUAGGUCCCAGGCACAGACUCCAAUUUUAAGUCCUUCCCUUCCUGAUAUGUCUCUGUCUACACAUUCAUCUGUUCAGGCUGGUGGAUGGCGAAAACUCCCACCUAAUCUCAGUCCCACCAUAGAGUAUAAUGAUGGAAGACCAGUAAAGCGCCAUGACAUAGCACGCUCUCAUUCUGAAAGUCCUUCCAGACUUCCCAUCAAUAGGUCAGGAACCUGGAAACGUGAGCACAGCAAACACUCAUCAUCCCUUCCUCGAGUAAGCACUUGGAGGAGAACUGGAAGUUCAUCCUCAAUUCUUUCUGCUUCAUCAGAAUCUAGUGAAAAAGCAAAAAGUGAGGAUGAAAAACACGUGAACUCUACUUCAGGAACCAAACAAACUAAAGAAAACCAAGUAUCCACAAAAGGAACAUGGAGAAAAAUGAAAGAAAGUGAAAUUUCUCCCACCAAUAGUACUUCUCAGACCACUUCCUCAGGUGCUGCAAAUGGUGCUGAAUCAAAGACUCUGAUUUAUCAAAUGGCACCUGCUGUUUCUAAAACAGAGGAUGUUUGGGUGAGAAUUGAGGACUGCCCCAUUAACAACCCUAGAUCUGGAAGAUCUCCAACAGGAAAUACUCCCCCAGUGAUUGACACUGUUUCAGAAAAGGGAAACCCAAACACUAAAGAUUCAAAAGAUCAUCAGGGGAAACAAAAUGUGAGCAAUGGUAGUGCUCCUGUACGCACCAUGGGUUUGGAAAACCGCCUGAACUCCUUUAUUCAGGUAGAUGCCCCAGACCAAAAAGGAACUGAGGGAAAACCGGGACAAAGUCAUCCUGUCCCUGCAUCAGAGACUAAUGAAAGUUCAAUAGCUGAACGUACCCCAUUUAGUUCUAGCAGCUCAAGCAAGCACAGUUCACCGAGUGGGACUGUUGCUGCCAGAGUGAGUCCUUUUAAUUACAACCCAAGCCCAAGGAAAAGCAGCGCAGAUAGCACUUCAGCCCGACCAUCUCAGAUCCCAACGCCAGUGAAUAACAACACAAAGAAACGAGAUUCAAAAAGUGACAAUACAGAAUCCAGUGGAACUCAAAGUCCUAAACGCCAUUCUGGGUCUUACCUUGUGACAUCUGUUUAAAAAGAGCUGGAAUGAUGAAACUAAGAAUGUGUUAGUGUUAAUUACAACUGCUAUGUAGAAAUUUUGUUUCAACCAAUAUGUAUAAAAUAGAUAACUAAUAAGAACCUGCUGUAUAAAAAAUAAAAUUCAAAAAAAGAAAUUUUGUUUCAAAUGAAACUAAAAGACUGAAAAAUUUUGUAAAUAGGUUUGAUUCUUGUUAGAGGGUUUUUGUUCUGGAAGCCAUAUUUGAUAGUAUACUUCAUCUUCACUGGUCAUAUUUUGGGAGGCACUCUUGAUAGUUAGGAAGAAAAUGGUAAAGCCAAGUAUAUUUGUACAGUAUGUUUUUCAUGUAUUUAAGUAGCAUCCCAUCCCAUCAUCCUUUAAUUAUUGCUUGUCUUAAAAUAACACUACAGAUAGAAGAUAUGAUAUAUUGCUGUUAUCAAUCAUUUCUAGAUUAUAAACUGACUAAACUUACAUCAGGGAGAAAUUGGUAUUUAUGCAAAAACCAUUCUGUUUUAGUCCUUGUGAGUCCAUCUGACAUCAUAAUCAUGUGGCUGUGAAAUUCACAGUAAUAUGGUUCCCGAUGAACAAGUUUACCCAGCCUGCUUUGCUUUACUGCAUGAAUGAAACUGAUGGUUCACUUUCAGAAGUAAUGAUUAACAAUUCUGUGGUCACAUGAUGUUCAUAUAGAUAGCUAUAGUGUAACAACUUACACUAUUUUGUGCUCAAAACAAACAAAAAAUCUGUGUAACUGUAAAACAUUGAAUGAAACUAUUUUACCUGAACUAGAUUUUAUCUGAAAGUAGGUAGAAUUUUUGCUAUGCUGUAACUUGUUGUAUAUUCUGGUAUUUGAGGUGAGAUGGCUGCUCUUUUAUUAAUGAGACAUGAAUCGUGUCUCAACAGAAACUAAAUGAACAUUUAAGAAUAAAUUAUUGCUGUAUGUAUAAACUUACUGAAAUC